AAUAGUUUUAUAUGAGUAUAACAAAGAAUUAGACCUCUAGUUCUUCGUUUGUUACUCUAGAAAAACAGUUUGUGAAGGGAAGGCAGUGAGAUCAGAAACAACAAAAUGCCGGCGGUUCCUCCACGUUCCGGGGAAGCCAUCUUCGCCAGUGCUGAACGAGUUAAUGCGGAGUUGUUUACAUUAACUUAUGGAGCUAUAGUUCGUCAACUCAUUACGGAUCUGGAAGAGGUUGAUGAAGUUAACAAGCAGCUUGAUCAAAUGGGUUAUAAUAUUGGUGUGCGACUGAUUGAUGAAUUCCUAGCAAAGUCCAAUGUCACGAGAUGUGUGGACUUUAAAGAGACUGCUGAAGUAAUUGCGAAGGUGGGCUUCAAAAUGUUUCUGGGGGUGAGUGCAACAGUCACCAAUUGGGAUGCAGAAGGAACAACUUGCAGCUUUGUCUUGGAGGACAAUCCUUUGGUAGAUUUUGUUGAGCUUCCUGACACGUGCCAAGGACUUCACUAUUGUAAUGUUCUAAAUGGUGUUAUCAGAGGAGCCCUGGAGAUGGUAUCAAUGAAGACUGAAGUAACGUGGAUCCGUGAUAUGCUACGUGGGGAUGAUACUUAUGAAUUACAAGUUAAACUUCUGAAGCAAAUUCCAGAAGAAUACCCAUACAAGGAUGAUGAGUGAUGUCGAACUUCUCGAUGCUGUUAUGUACAUUCACUUCCAACUUUUGGGUGCCUACUUUUCCAUCACCAUCCAUUUAGUUCUGGAACAUUCAAUUGAAUCCGUUCACUCCUCAUUCUGAACUUAGCUAGCAUGUGGUACCUGUUGGGUACUUGCUAUAGUUAUUACUUUUAUGUGGCAGUAAUGCCGUUUGUAAUAGAAUUGCGCAAGAACUAAAGAACUUUAUGGAUCCUGCUUGCGUUUGAUGCAGUUGCUUUUAUCCAACUUGUUGCGGGGUCUAUGUUGAUUUU